AUGGAAGUUCGUGAGGAGAUCCAAAAAGCAUAUGAAGAGCCAAAAUUAGUAGUCAAUGAAUUCCAUAAUGAUAUUGUGGAAGAGAAAAUAGAGGAGGAUGGAGAAACAGACUUGGAGGAAGAGGUGGAGAGUGAUGAUGAGGAGAAUGGAGACUGCACAAAAAAGGGAUUUGAAUUAACAAUCUCAAAGAUUAGCAAGCCAAACAUCAAACCCAAGGGAAGGAGAGGGCGCAAAUCAAACAAAACAAAGUUGGAAAUGACAACAAAGACUGUGGUUCUAAAGGUGGGCAUGUCAUGCCAAGGAUGUGUUGGAGCUGUAAAGAGAGUUCUUGAUAAGAUGGAAGGGGUGGAGACAUAUGAUGUGGAUCUGCAGGAGAAGAAGGUGACAGUUAAAGGGAAUGUGAAGGCUGAAGAUGUUCUGCAAACUGUGUCUAAGACUGGAAAGCAAACUACCUUCUGGCCUGUUCAAGAGAACAUCGUUGCAGCUGCAGGACAAGUUUCAUAG